AUUGGCUGGCCGCAGGGUAGCUGGUGGAAACAGAUGGGGAUGGGAGGAUGUGGAGAGUGUCCCCGUGUGAUGGUGUGUCAGUGCACUGUGCUCGGGGUCACACCGUUACCGUGUGUAUUAGUGAGGGGGGCCUGAUGGAGAUGCCAUACAUGGUGACAUGUCGGGGCUCUUUGUGGACCCCGAAUUCCCUCCCUGUGUGUCGUCCUUAGUCCGGAGAGGGGGUACUCCUCUGUCCCCUCUGUGUGACCGCAUUACAUGGCUGAGACCCCAGGAGAUCUGUCCAUCCCCUCAUCUAUUCGCAGAGAAGGCCAGGCUUGCUUUGGGAAAGCAGGGGAUAUUGGGGGACUGCUGGUUUAUAUGUGCCUGCUAUGCUCUUCACAAAUCUACAAAGCUUCUUCACCAGGUGUUUCCCAGAGGACAGUGUACAUGGAAUGAACCUGGAUACACCGGACGUUUUACUUGCCGAUUUUGGAGAUUUGGACGUUGGGUGGAGGUGACCAUCGAUGACUGCUUACCAUGCUUGGGACAAAAGCUCUGCUUCUCCCAUUGUCAAGAUCAGGGAGUCUUCUGGCUUCCACUCUUGGAGAAAGCUUAUGCCAAGUUACAUGGCUCCUAUGAGUCCCUGUGGGCAGGUCAGGUUGUUGAUGCUUUGGUAGAUCUGACGGGCGGAUUGGUAGAAAGGUGGUCCUUAGAAGAUGUGGAGGACAGCGCCCAGAAGAAAAUGCUUUGCAGAAUGUUGGACCUGAAGGAUCGUUGUGCAAUAAGUUGUUCUGUGCUCCACAGUAAAGAAGGUGCUGGAGAUCUGGGUGAAUUUCAUGCCUUUACAAUCACAGACAUCAAGGCUGGAGUCACAAAGUAUGGACAUGAGUUGAUUUUAUUAUGUGUGCAUAAUCCUUGGGGGCGAAGCCGCUGGAGUGGAGCGUGGGGGAGGAAAGGUGAUAAAUGGGCCUUAAUGGACAAGUCCGAAAGUGAUAAGUUUCUUUAUGGUCUUCAAGAUGGGGAGUUCUGGGUAGAGAAAGAAGAAUUUCUGCAAGAGUUUAAUGAAGUUAUUAUGGCGUUUCCCAUGGAUGAGAUAGAGCACAUACAAAGCAUUUGGACAGAUUGUCCAUUGCCCCACGCUCAACAGUUGUAUGGUUCCUGGGUCAAAGGUCAGACUGCAGGUGGAUCCCGUAAUAAUGUCAGUUUUACUGACAACCCUAAAUUCUGGUUGGUUGUUAGGGAGCAAAGUGAGGUGUAUCUAGCACUUAUGCAAAGGCCACAAAGUGAAAUAUCAUCUGCCGAUGGUACACGCAGAAACCAGUCAAGAAGUAUGAUUUCAAAAAGUACUCUCCUGUAUGCUAUUGGACUUCAUGUCUGGAAGGUAGAAAAACGUCGUUUUAACUUGCAGAAGACUGUACUGUCCCCUGUUGUUGCUGGCACCUCCUCACAUUCCUAUGACAGACAGCUUCACCUGCGCUGUGAGCUUUCUCCUGGAUAUUACCUGGUUAUACCCAGCACUUUCCUCAGGGACACAGAGGGGGACUUCUUGUUGCGAGUCCUAUCUAGUGGACCAAUCACCCUCAGUGAAAUAACCUCCCAUCAGCCACAGUUAAACACAAGUGAAGAUGAUGUAAAAGGAACUUGGGAGACCCGAGAAGUAAAAGGCCAGUGGAAAAAGGAUGUUAAUGCCGGAGGCAGCAGGAAUUUUCCAUCUUACUGCCUUAAUCCAACCAUCCCUUUUAUAGUGCCCAGUAAAGCCCGACUGGUGAGGGUGACACUAAAGCAACAUUGUCAGGGAAAACACUGCCAUGCAAUAGGGUUCCAUGUGUACAUGGUUCCUUCUGAUAGCAGCCUUUCACCUUUUGUACAAGAGCCACGUGCCAGUUGUGUACCACACAGUUACUCACAUGAAGUGUCCAUGAUGUGUGACCUUUCUCCUGGGCAGUACAUCAUUGUGCCUUCCACUUACUUGCCUAAUGAGGAAUGUGACUUCUCUGUAUUCAUAUCUACCAAGAUGGAGCGGAAAUCCAUCCAGAGCCAGGAGGCUCUUGGGAAAAUCCUGAAUGAGGUUUCAGUUGUCACAGUGAUGAAAUAAGAAGAUUUUGAUAUUUUUGAAUCCAGCCAACCAAUAUCAAUAUCAUUAUUGUUAAGAAUGCAACAAUCUAUUUAUUAUAAAUUUCUAAACUCCGUUUUCCAGAUUCUUUCCUAGUGGUCUUGAAAAGGACCUGUAAAGCUAAUAGCUUUUUAGACCCUCUUGAGCGUUUUCUAUGAAUUCUGUUUAAAUGUGCUCUGGUAUUACUAAUCCUUAUAAAACUGUACACUGCCUACCUUUGCGCCAUGACUGUGUUUAUUUUGAACUGUUGUUUACUGUGGAGGUAAAUUAAAGCUGGAGAAAAUGUGA